AUGGGGAAAUACAUUGAGAUGCUGGAUAUGGGCGUGAGAAUCGCAGCGAGGUUUCAUUCUCACUGUCCUCAGACGGCGCGUCUCUAUUACCAUCCUCCUUCCGACAGCCACCAUCAUCACGGCGUCAAAGAUUUAAUCGGAGGUGGGGUUCUUGGUGGGUCGGGUCAAGAUUCGACCGGUUUGGUUGGUGGGUUAGGAUCCGGAACCGGUGGUUGCGGUGCUACCAAGGCUCCUAAUGGGUAUGAAGACGCCAGGGAUCUCUUGUUAUUCUCUGUUGUUUGA